AUAGCAUAAACAUUUAAUGAGGUGUGUGUGAGGCAUCUAGAAUAUUUCAAUGUAGGUUUAGGUGGAAUUAGGGUAUGGAUUCAUUAAUCAGUAAGAAUUAGGAAGACUAAUCCUUUCUUGCUACACUUUAAGUUCAUACUUAAGUCAUUUAAAUAGAUGAGUGUUUUGUUUUUGAGUAUUUAUUUUUAAAAGUAACCAGAGAAGCAAUUCCACAGCCUUUCUUUAGUAAGUGUUAAAUUGUCCAUAGAGUUGAUAUGUUUUCUGGUGUUGUUUCUUUUUGUACACCAGAUCCCUUGUGGACUUGAAACCUUGCCUUAAGCCUGCUUAAGAACUCUAACCUCUUGGUCAUCUGCCUCUCCUUGCUAUAUCCCCUAUUCCUCUCCUGGACUUGGGACCUGUUCUUGUCCACAGGCAGAUGGUUGGGGCUCUAUUUCAACCGAGGCAGAACUUGCAGAGCCAAGAUACUGUGAUACUGCCUCUGGGAUUUGAACUCACUGGAUUGACGCCUUGGAUACUGAGGACAGGCUAGCUGAGAGCUGGGCUCUUUGGCUAUUACGAUUUGGGCCCAUUUUGAGGGUCAGCUUUUCAUUUGCAUCAGGCUCUAGAACACCCUAGACUUCAUCCAGUCAUUACUUAGAUCCCUUUCCUGACUAUACCUGUUGGAUUCUUUGCCUUCUUAGUUGACUCAUGUAAUGGGUGAUUUAUAUCCCCCAUUUUCAGUGGUAGCUAUUUUUAAGUAUUUGAUAGUCUACCCAUGUCUUCUCUCAGUUUUGAACUUUCAUUUGACCAAGUAGCUGUUGUAUUUUCCCAUGGCACAUUUGUUUAUGAUCUGUCUUUCCUUCUAGAUUAUGUGUACCCCGAGUGUUGAAACUGAAUCUGUGCUCUUCCUGGUGGUGUUCUCAGCACUCAGUACAGUGCCUGGCAAAUAGCAGGUACCUCUGAUUAGAUUGGAUAUAUGUAAAGAGGGAAAUCACUGUUUCUGGAUCAUCAGGUUGUGCUUUAAGAAGACUAUAGGGAAGAACACAUUUUCUUCUUGCCACAAAAGUUGCAAUAGAAAAUCCGUGAAGUCUUAAAAGGACCGAUGAGUAUUCUCAUCAUUGAAGCAUUCUAUGGAGGGUCCCAUAAACAGCUGGCGGAUCUGCUCCAAGAAGAGUUAGAAGACUGUGUCCUUUAUUCCCUUCCUGCAAAGAAAUGGCAUUGGAGAGCGCGCACAUCGGCUUUAUACUUCUCCCAGAAUAUUCCCAUCAGUGAACAGUACAGGAUCCUCUUUGCAAGCUCAGUGCUGAACCUGACUGAACUGACUGCCCUUCGGCCUGACCUUGGGAAGUUGAAAAAGAUUCUGUACUUCCAUGAGAACCAAUUGGUAUAUCCUGUCAAGAAAUGUCAGGAGAGGGAUUUUCAGUAUGGAUACAACCAAAUUCUCUCAUGCCUGGUGGCUGAUGUGGUGGUAUUCAACUCGGUUUUUAACAUGGAGUCAUUUCUCACCUCUAUUGGAAAAUUUAUGAAGCUGAUUCCUGAUCACAGACCCAAGGAUCUGGAAAGCAUCAUCAGACCCAAGUGCCAAGUUAUUUACUUUCCCAUCAGGUUUCCUGAUGUGAGCAGGACCUUUUCUCUUCUCAUUAACACCUCCACCAGAAUUGGAGCUGGGGAAGAGAAAGGAAAUGUUCAGACAUGUGCCUAUUUGCAUACUCACUCUCUUGAGUUAAUGCCAGGACGGCAGCACAUUCUGUCCAGUUCAAUAGAAAAGCCAGUUUCACCCCAUCGAUUCAUGCCCAAGCACAAAACAACCCAUCUACAGAAGAUUCUCAGCCUUAAAGGAAAUGGUGGUGCUGCUCCAUCGAUGGCCCCUGCUUUCCACCAGGAGCAGAAAGGUUCUGAGAAUCUAUUGAAGAAUUUUAAUUCAGAGUCUGGACCCUGUAAUGCUGCACAACAAGAAAACCUGGGUAGCUCAUUAACGCAGGAGCCAGACUUGAGAAUGUGCCACUCAUCAGAUAAUUCGAGCUCUCUUCAUGAGGAAGAUAAACAAAAUACGACUUCUAGUCCCUGUGACAUUUUCGGUGGAAUUGACGAUCCACAAAGACCACUGCACAUUGUGUGGCCUCACAGGUGGGAACAUGAUAAAGAUCCAGAGAGUUUUUUUAAGGUAUUAAUGCACCUUAAGGACUUAGGACUCAAUUUCCAUGUGUCUGUCCUUGGAGAAACCUUCACAGAUGUCCCAGAUGUAUUUUCAGAGUCCAAAAAGGCAUUGGGAUCGUCUGUCAUACACUGGGGCUACUUACCCAGCAAAGAUGACUAUUUCCAAGUACUGUGCACGGCUGAUGUUGUCAUCUCAACAGCUAAGCAUGAAUUCUUUGGAGUGGCGAUGUUGGAAGCUGUGUAUUGUGGUUGCUACCCACUUUGUCCCAAAGAUUUGGUUUAUCCUGAAAUAUUUCCAGCUGAAUAUCUGUAUUCUACACCUGAACAGCUUUCAAAAAGGCUCCAGAAUUUCUGCAAGAGACCAGAUAUUAUAAGAAAACAUCUUUAUAAGGGUGAAAUGACUCCUUUUUCUUGGGCGGCCCUACGUGGUAAAUUCAGGUCUCUGCUUACAACAGAACCUAGGGAAGAUUUGUGACAGAUGGGGCUAAGUCACAAACUUGCAGCCUAAGGCAGAAUCUGUAGAACUUUCCAGAGUGUGCCCAUAUUUACCUGAUCAGAGAGAAAAGAAAAUCUGCAGAGGAAGCUGAGCCUGGCUGCUUGUCAUAGCUGACACAGAGCCAUCUGCCACAAACCUGUGGCGGCUUCAGAUCUCCCAUCCCUGCCACCACCCCAACUCAAAUUAAAUACAGAUUCCUAGAGACGUUAUGAUGGUUACACAUGUCCUCGGCAUCACAUGGAGGAGACUGUUCAAAAAAAUAUGUGGCCUGUUGUAUAACCGCACUCAUGUAUCCCAUAUGUGGUGCCACAUUGAAUUUCCGGUUGAAUCCGUUUUUAUCCUUUGUACUGGAUGACAUGGUGCCUGAAUUCUUUCUUUUUGCCGACACGAUGGCAGCCGAACUGCAGCUUCAAAAGCUCGCACUUGGCUGUGUUUCUACCUAGGUUGCCAGGUUAUCAUCGGAGUCUUCUUGUGUCCUCAAAGGGCCACAGGGUCUGAAGGGAGGAUCAGAAUGCUACCGGACUAAUUGGACAGCCAUCUCAGAGUUGUUUGUGGGCAAAGGGCUGCUUUAGCACUUUUAUUUUAGCCAAUUAAUGACUCUCUGGCACGGGGGUGUUUAAGUGAAGGUAUUAAUAAGGGGUCUGGCAGGUAUUCCCAUGAUCCACAGAGUUACAUUUGCAUUUAAUUUAUUUUAAAGUUGCGAGAUAAACAGCUGUAAUUUGGACAAACAUGGGAAAUACACUAAGUGGAGCCAUCUUGCCCAUAAAAUGAACACUGAGAUACUCGUUUCAAUUUUUUUUCCCCUGGGGUAAAAAUAGAGAAAUCAAAAUACUUCUACUAAAAACAGUAAUUUUGAUAUAAAUAUUCCUCAAAAAUAUUUGCAUCCAGCUACAAAUAUGAUCUUUUCAAGAUAAAUCACUUAUGAUUCCAAUAGUCAAGCUGCUGUAUUUGUUGAUAUAAAGAUGUUUUGAACGGCUAGAUUGUAAAAUAAAUUUUUAAUAAAGUGCCUACUGCAAUUUUUAA